AUGUACAAAAAUACACCCACCCCAUAUUUUUGGGAGUGCAGUGCACCUCUUGUAAUUACGUCCAAGCCGCCUCUGAGCGGGAAUAUCACCAUCACAGGUAAAAAUUGUACGGUGUACAAUGCGCCAGUUUACAGAGGCCGCAGGCGUGGCGGCAGCCGAAUCAAGCCCACGGUCAAUGGAGGCGGCGGUGGCAGAGGCAGAGGCAGUGGCAGAGGUAGCGGCAGAGGGAGAGGCAAAGGCGAUACAAACGGGCGUGAUCGCGAUGACGGUGGCAAGUCGGACACCAGGCCCCGAUCCCGAUCACGCUCAGAAGCGGGCCGAAGACCUCUUGCGGCAGCUGUACAUGGUCUAGUUGGAGAAAAUGCCAUAAUAGAAAUUAAGUGUCCUUACAAUGCUCGUAAUUCAGAAAGUCUAAUCGAAGCUUUCAACAAUAAACUUGUAAGUGAUAGGUAA